UUAAGAGUAAAGUAAAUUAAACCUUUUUUCGAGCUACAGUCAGGAUAGGUCCAGGGUUCCUGGAGUCCUAAUUUCCUGAAACAAAGCUUUGCCAAGCGAAAGUGCAGUGAUAAACUGUCGCUUGCAAAAGUGUACUCAAUUACGCCGCCAAAAUGCGUAUCGAAACGUGUUUCUUCUGUUCCAGCAAGAUCUAUCCCGGACACGGGAUGGUUUUCGUCAGAAAUGACUGCAAGGUGUUUCGAUUUUGCCGAUCCAAAUGCCGGCGUGCCUUCAACAAAAAGAAGAACCCGCGCAAACUACGCUGGACCAAAGCGUAUCGCAAGACGAACGCCAAGGAAUUGACUGUCGAUCCGAGCUUCGAGUUCGAAAAACGACGUAACGUUCCGGUUAAGUACGAUCGUGAGCUAUGGAACAAGACGAUCGAGGCGGUGAAGAAGAUCAACGAAAUCAAACACAGACGCGAAUGCCACUUCGUCAUGGAACGUCUCCGAAAGGCUCGCGAUCACGAAAUUCACCGCGAUAUUGUUGAUGUACAGAAGAAUAUUUCACUCAUCCGCUCGCCUGCAAUCGGUCUGAAGGAGCGCAGGGCAAAGGAAGAAGCCCAAACAUCCGCCCUGCUGAUGGACGUAGAAAAUGCCGAGGAAGAGGAAGAGAUCCAGUACGUCGACGCACGGAAACUCGAAAAGCAACUCGAAGAAUCGGCCCACCUGGAGGAUGAAGAAAUGCUCAGGGCCUAGGGUGUGAUUCGUCUGUUCGCUUGAUAAGGAUUACAGUUUAAGGAAUAACAUUUGUUGUAAAAUGCGUGUCAAAAUAUCG